GCGCAUUAUAAAAAUAAAUCCGCACGCAUUUGGCGCCGGCACCGCGUAUUUGCGCGUCCGACUCGCUUUAUUUAGCAUCUGGAGUGGCGAAAAAUGACACUUUUGAUCCGUGUCCAAGAAUUCCCCAUUUUGCCUCUGGACCAGUUAGCAUCUCUACGAACGAGCAGGUCAUUCGCUUUUGCUCCGGCGUUACAAUCGGAAUGAAACUGCUUGUGUUGGCUCUUUUCGGCUUCUUCUGGGCCGUCUUUGGGGGUGCGGUGUCCGCGCCUGACGACUCGGAGGCCACCAUCCUGCCACCUUCCCUCCUGUACGCGCGAGGAAGUGGUGGCAGAAGCAACGGAAGUGGAGCGUCGGAUGCUCAGUGCGACAACCCCAUGUGUCAAGUUGACGCUGAAGAUUUGGUCAACACGGCCAAGAAUGCGGUCGCGCGCGUCCUCAAGAGUAUCUGCUGCGGUUCCAAGGAGCCUUUACAGAACAGCCUCGAUGACCGUAUCUUCAAUCUGGAGUCCCAGUUUGCAGAUCAAAUAAACGUUAUCAAAACAAUUCUUUUAAACAUGGAGGAACGAAUUGGCGAAGUGGACAGCAGUGUAAAAAAACUCAGAUCUGAUCUGAGGAAUGAAACUCCACGCAUCACACUCAACGGAGUGGUGUUGUCUGGCGUUACCAACAAUGACGAGCUGAAGAGGUCCGCGUCAGAGACGCGCGAGUCUGAAGUGCAACUGUACAACAGCAGCAUUUACAUGUCACCAACACCAAUCGAUUUGAAGAACAAGACCUCAGAGCAGCAAGUGCGCAUCUUCACUUACUUCUGGCGCAUCAGGGACAUGAGCAACAAACUGAGGAAUUGGGAGCCCCGUCGCUCCAUCAGGAGUCCAAGCUUCUUCAUUGCUCCCUCGAGCUACAAGAUGUACAUGCGGAUGUUCCCGAGGCACAAUAAUGGCAAAAAUGUUUAUCUGCACGUCGGCCUAACCAAAGGUGAAUUUGACGACACACUUAGCUGGCCAUUCAAACUAAAGAUGCGCCUAUCUGUGCUGGACCAGCGCACUGUGAGCGAGCAGGACAUCAACUCGCGCGUCUGGGACCCCACCCUUUUGUGCAGCGAGUUUAACUGGCGCCGACCGACUGGCAACGGGGACAACCACGAGUGCGUCGGCCUGGGAUUUCCUCAAGAGGUGCUUACAACCAGAGAUUACCUAACCAAGAACGCUAUGAUCGUUAAAUUAACUGUUUAUCUCGACCUCUGAAUUUGAGAGGGCCUUAUUGUUAGUUAACUAUUAACUAACAAACUAACUCUGAGAUUUUGUGUUGAUGUCACCAUAAUAUAUGCCAAUGUUCAAACCGAAGAAAAACUGUAAUUCUCUAUAAAUGGCAUGUUUAUUCAAAGUCUUUACAAUUUCUGUCGAUAUUAUGUGAAUAUUAUUUAUUAAAAAUAUAAUACACUA